GUCUUUCUUGCCCUUGGUGUUUAAUCUUGUUGAAAGUCCCCGAGGAGCGUGAGGUCACAAUAUGAGUUACGGGGAUGACCAAACACACCAGACUGCACCAACUGUAUCAAAGAAUUUCAAUAAAGGACGGAGCUGGAAUACCACAAAGACAUCCGCGACCAAUGUAGGAAACGGGACGCGGGGAGCAUAUGGAUAGGUCACAGAAUGAACCCCAUGAAUACAGGAUAAAAGGAUAACCACUGAACAUUUGCCGGAGCUCCACUCACAACCAGAAAAUUACAGUGCCAAGGAAAGGAGAACGAGGAGCAAGAAGCACAGAAGACCCAGGCUAAACCACUUCACGGGUCGGCCCUUUUCAUCCCCGGACCCCUCACGCCAUUCCCGUCUCCCAGUGCCCCCUGCCCCGCCAGGAUGAAGCAUAGCCUCUGUUGGGUGGGCCUCACUCCCUUGCUGCUCCUCGCCCCUCAAGGCUUAUCCGAGAGUUACUUCGACAUCUACGACUACGAGACGGACUACUACUACGACUACAACCGCGCCCAGAGUAACGACCCGCUGCCCACGUUCACGGCGCGGCCCCAGACGUUCACAGUGGAGGUGGGCCAGUCCGUGAUGAUUCCCUGCGACGUGGACGACCCUGGAAACCACAAGCUGAUCAUCAAGAAGAAGCCGGCGCUCGGGGGCAAGGAACGGCUGCUGUCUGUAGGCAGCGAGAAGGUGACGCGGGACAGACGGCUGAACAUAGAAGGGACGCGACUCACCAUAUCCCACGCGAGGCCUCGGGAUGCUGGGACCUUCCUCUGCCUCUUUGAUGUCGAGCCUCCCGUGCAGCUGCAACACACCCUCGACGUCCAGUUUGCCCCCUCCGUAAGGUCCCUCGCGCCCCCAGAGCAGCAUGUCCCCCGAGGUAAAGCGGUCACGUUGGAGUGUCGCGCCCACGGCAACCCCGAGCCUGUAAUCCGCUGGACGCGUCAGGAAGGUCCGCUCCCGUCCGGCUUAUCCAGUCAUGAGGGCAAGACGCUGUUCCUGCACGGUGUGGACCGGCACGUGGAGGGGACGUACCUGUGCACGGCGGACAAUGGCGUAGGGGAGCCCGCCUCGGCCGCCAUGACCAUCACCGUCGAGUACCCGCCGGAGAUCACAGCGGAGAAGGCUGUCGUGCGCACGGGGGAGGGGGACCACGUCGAGUUGGCUUGUGUGGUGCACGGACGACCUUCUCCUGACGUUAUCUGGACACGUGAUGGACACCCGCUCCCAGAGUCACUCAUGGACACACAAAGACAUAUGCCGGAGCGGGUGUCGGGCGAGGGCCACCACGUCACCUUCACCCACGUCGCCCACCGCCACACCCUCACCAUCACCAACGUCUCCGAGAAGGACUUCGGGGCGUACGUGUGCAUAGCGGAGAACCCCCACGGACAGAAAGACGCCGUGAUACAGAUGACAGGCCUGCCUAAGCCCCCCGUGCUCACCAGCAGCCCCAUAGGAGGCGAGAGCACCUCCUACACACUCACCUGGGAGACGGAAAGCUACUACCCCAUCACCGAGUUUCUCAUCAGGUACCGGAAGACUCACCUGGGGGCCUGGCAGCCCAAUCACACGGUGGUGAUGGCGGGCGCGUGGGAGAACGUGUCCAAGAAAGUGGUGGCGACGAGCGUGCCGCGCGCCCAACGCGAGAGCCUCACCUACACGCUGCAUGGCCUCGAGGUGGCCAGCGACUACGUGACGGUGGUGCGGGUGCGGAACAGGUACGGCUGGUCGGCAGAGAGCGACCACUUCCACUUCUCCACCAAGAAAGCCAUGGCAGUCCUGCAGUCAACCAGCGGCGGGCGGAGCGGCGCGGGGACAUUGGCUCCGACACUGCUCCUCGGCCUCUCCCUUUUAGUCCUCCUUAGAGAAAAUUAGAUGGAUUUUUUUUGUAAGUUCCUUUCCCCCUUAGUGUAUUCCCUUAGUGUAUUAUGAAGGAUGACCACGGUAACCCUCCUCAUUGUUUCAUCUCCCCUUUUUUACUACACUAAUUACAUAUAAGUAUCAAGUCAGUAAGGAUAACAAGACUUGUAUGUGUACAGCCAUGUAAGUUACUGUCAAGCGGUGGUAUUACUUUAAUGGUGAGGGUGUAUAAGAUGUGUGUGUGUGUGUGUGUGUGUGUGUGUGUGUGUGUGUGUGUGUGUGUGUGUGUGAUUUUAUUUGUUCUUUUCCUACUUACCUCCAUUCCAAGUUCGUGCGUCCCUUACCUUAUCACAUUUUAUCCUAUACUUCCUUAAAUUUGCGGAAAGUUUUGGUGGACGCGAUUUCAUUUGGUAAAGCAUGAAAUCGCGUGCCAAAACCAUACAAAAGUUUUCGGAAAUAUAUUGAAAAAUGCGAUAAAACGAAGAACGUGUGUGUGUGUGUGUGUGUGUGUGUGUGUGUGUGUGUGUGUGUGUGUGUGUGUGUGUGUGUGUGUGUGUGUGUGUGUGUGUGUGUGUGUGUGUGUGUCGAGGGGUGCCAAAAGCUCUCCGUCGCCUCCUUCUUCAAUGUGAUGACAAUUGUUCUGCCUUUUUGUAUCAGACUGUAAACUACGCCGAUGCUUAGCUUGUAUACAAAUAAAUGUGUAUGUGUGUGUGUGUGUGUGUGUGUGUGUGUGUGUGUGUGUGUGUGUGUGUGUGUGUUCUUACCUAUGUUCUCACCUGUUUAUAUAUUUACGAGACGAGUCAAGCUUUGUGUGUGUGUGUGUGUGUGUGUGUGUGUGUGUGUGUGUGUAAUUAAUCGCAUCUUGUAUAGUGAUGUGGUGGAAGUGGUUUUCGACAAGUAUCUUUUUUUUUUAUUGUGAGUGUGCAUCAAAUACAUGUUUAGGUAUUCCAUCACCAAUUCCAGUUUGUGUUCGGCAAAAUGACAAAAAUGUACAUACUCGCACCCCACUACAAAAUUAUUAAUACGUUUCCAGCGCUGGCCAUAUUGUGAAUUAUCCCCACCUUGCUGACCCAAAUUUAUUCCAAUAUAUAUUUUAUUAGUUUUUCAUUACUGCUGCAUUUUCACAUCGCAUGACCGGCCAUUCCCCCAAAAAAGUGUGUGCAACGAUUCGCUAUUUUAUGACAGUGUUGCAACCUCCCAAUCACUGACGACCUGGAAUGACAGUCCUGUGUGCCGAGGAAGCCUGUGCCAUUUUGUUUACGCUCUAUGUACCGAUUUCUAAGGUUCAAAGGCUCGGGAGAAGUGACUGGAGAAAUAAUUAUGUUCCAUUUAUUUUCUUUGUUUCAACUUUCCAAUCGUUGACGACCUGGUAUACUACUUGAUGUGCCGAGACUUGUGAUACUUUGUAUGUUGCAUGUAUCGACUUCAAUGUUCAAAGGUUUGGGAGGAGAAAAGCCUGUGUGAACAAGUCAGAGCCAACUUAGGAGGAGUGUGUGAUCAAGUCUUAGCCAGCUUGUAUCUUAGGCUCAUAUGACAUAAGACCUUGCGUGAACAAUAAUAACGAAUCGUUUAUAUCAUUAUUUGUGCCUAUAGUCCGUUCCAUAGAGUGUCAGACUUGAUAUUCACUUAAUGGCUAUAUCUUCGUUCUUUUAACUCUUUAGUUGACCUGCUUCUCGCAUUAGCAUGAAGUGACCCGCUCCGUUUCAUCUUAACAUUACAGUAAUUAUCAAUUAGUUAUGACGUUGGCAAGAAAAAGGCAGGUUGAUUUUAGUUUUUAUUUUAUUUUCUAGGUGAAAAUUUAAUAAUGUGCUGUAACAGCGAUGCGGCCGAAACUGUUACCAAAUUUGGAGCACCGUUUUUUGUCAGAGUUGCUGGAACAGAGUAUAGUUUUUUUUCUGUAGCAUUCUUUUAUUAGUGCUUUUCAAAUUAAGUCAUAUGAGCUAAAGACAAAGCCCACUGGAAGACUGUCUGUAUAGGCCUCGGGAAGGAGUGACGGAAGAGAAAUCUGUUCGCAUAUUUAUCGAGUCCUUCACUGCCUGGAAGGCCCGCCUGUCCCCUCACACCCGCUCUCAGGGCUCUCGGCCGAAAUGGCGUUAUUGUUUCGUAUUUGAACUAUACUCUGUUCACAUUAAUUAGGCAAAGCAGUCCCUCCCCUAUCCCUCAUUGAGUGUAUAUCCUUGGCGAGCCCCCAAGCACACCACGCCCCCCUUCCAACUCAGACUGCAUAUGAUUGGUGGAUCCUGAGAAAUGUUAAAUCGUAUUGAUGUAUUAUGUAUUAUGCAUGUAUUGGGUAUUGGUGGGCUGCCGUGGAUUGGGUUAAUUUGCCAGGUUAACUUGAACAGAGAAUAGUCGCCGUCAACCAACGAAAUAGUCCCUCAAGCCCCGCCCCUUCCUGGAGGUGUCGCUGAUUGGAUGUUCUUUGUGUAUAUUUGAUAGAAAAAAGAUACCUAAGACAUAGAAUUAUAUAACAAGGUAAUUUCGUAAGAGGCAGAAGUUGACAGUAGGGUUAAAGAUGACAUCUAGUGGGUGCAGGGUGAGGGGAGGGGCGGGGCGUCGGGGGUAAGACGGCUGAAGGUAACUGGAAGGAGGUUGUUUGUGCCAGUGGGUGCGCAUCGUUUCAAAGAGUUUUCGUAUCAGGAAGAAAACUCUGAAGAACAUUGAGAUGAAGUAUAUAACUAAAUAUUGUUGCAAUAAUUAAGAAAAAAAUUGUGGAAAGACAGAUGCUAAGAAUGUGUGGGUUGGAAUAGCAGAAGCAUAUCACUGCGUGUAUGCAAGUUUUCGUACGCACACCUCAACACAUAUAUCAUUUAAUUUCAAGGUCAUUAUAUUUAUAUGGCAAUAAGACAGAGAGUAACGAAAGUAUAACUGCUAUUUUGUGUGAAUGUCGAUGUCUUGAGAAGCAUAAUAAUAUAGUGCAUAAUAUUCUUUUAUGCGCCAAAACUGAAAGUAUCCGAUAUUGCUUGUUGCGUUGUUGAAUGAUCUAAUUGGAAUUGGGCGGAUGGAAUAGGGAACGUACGCUAACACAAGCAAGGUUUAAGUAUUUCGUCUGCGUACCGUUUGAUAUUGUGUGAGUACGUCUUGGCGAACACACCGUAAGAGAAGUGUGGUAAGCAUCUCCUGCAUCACGGUUUGAUCUUAUUCGAGCACGUAGUAGAGAACGUAUCAUUUUUUAUUAAUACAAACAAAGAUUAAUCAAGCAUCUCUCUUGCAUAAUGUUUCCAUCGUGUGCGGGUACGUGUUUGUGUUUUCGAACGUACUCUUAUAUGUAAAAGCAAGGUUUGAGCAUCUCUUGUAUGACCUGUUCUGAUGAGUGAUCGGCAACGCAGACAGCCAACGACUUGCUGCCGACGAGCGACGAGCCGGUUCAUCUAUUUCCCUGUUGCGACAUUCUAGUGAAGUGAGCCAAUUCAUGCCUGUCGUUUUUUAAGCUACUUCCUUGACACACCACGUGGAGUUUAGUUUUUAUAUAUACAAUGUACGGUUUACUGAAUGUGCUGUAAAUAAAUGUGUCCUUUUUUUACAG